CCUCCCGCCCGGGGCUGCCUGCAUGCCGCGGCGUCAUCCCGCGGGGUCUCCGCGAGGACAGGCGUCUGCUGCUCCGGGCGGCGCCCCUCCGUGAGGAGUCCGGGGAGGCUGCUGGGGCGGCGGCCGCGGCGGGGCUCGCAAGCAGACCUGCCUGCAAAGGGGCGCUCGGAGACAGUCUCGCUGCUGCUGCUGCCGGCCCGGCCCUCCCGCUCUUGCGGCGCUUUUCCUCCCCAGGCAGGGGGCGCGCCCGGGGAGGCAGCAGCCCGGGCCUGGCCUCCGCGGCAGCGACUCUGCCUUGCUCAGCCCCUCCGCGGCAGCGGCCGCCGAGAGCAGGCAGCGGACUACCAUCCCCAGAAGGCCUUGCGCUGCAGGGCGCCCCCCCCAUAGGCUUGGAGGAGCCGGGUUCUUAGCGCUGCCCCGCCCCCUCAGAGGUUCGCGGCCGGGAUUGGACGAGCCUCCUCGGUCCCGGAAGCGGCUCGGCACGUGGCGGCUGUGCAGGGCUGCUGGCGGGGUCUUGCCAGGGGCGGCUGGGCUGAUCCUGCUCCGGUUUGGAGGAGUCUCGGAGGCCGCUGGCGCUGAUCUCGUGGGCGGAGGUUCCGCAGCCUUCUCUGGGUCGCUUCGCUCUCCUGGCUGGGAGGAGGGUCUCCUUCCUCGACGCGGAGCCUUCACCUGAAGGUGCAGCGGCCCCAGCCCGGCAUGGACGAGCAGCAGGCCCUGGAGCUGCUGGAGUUCCUCCGCCCGGAGAGCCGCCCGGAUCUGAAGGGCCAGGCCGUGCAGGGCCUUCUGGGGCUCACGGGCAGCCCGGAGGGCAGGCGCCUGCUGGCCACGCGCCCGGACUUUGUGGACGCCUUGCUGGGCCUGACCGGGGACCCUUCCGUGGCGGUGGCGAAAGACGCCUACCACGCCCUCAUCAACCUGGCCCCGGAGCCGGGGGUGGGGGGCUCCCUCCUGCGGAAGGGGCUGCCCGCCCUGCUGGGCCGCCUGCUGGACCCCGCCUGCCCCGUGGCCGACCAGGUCUGCGCGCUGCUCUCCAACCUGUCGCGGGAGGAGGCCUCUUGCAGGGAGCUCCUGGCGGCCUUGCAGGGGGAGCCACGGGGCCUGGGGCUGCUGGUGGACGCCCUCUGCACGGAAGGCUUCAACCCCCAGGCCUCCCUGCACUACCUGGGCCCGCUCCUCUCCAACCUGAGCCAGCUGCCCGAAGCCCGAGACUUCCUCUUGGACAGAUCCAGGUGUGAGGUGCAGAGGCUGCUGCCAUACACGCAGUACGCGGGCUCAGCUGUCCGCCGAGGGGGUGUGGUUGGGGCGCUCCGGAACUGCUGCUUUGACUACCGGCACCACGAGUGGCUGCUGAGUGCAGAUGUGGACUUGCUGCCCUUCCUCUUGCUCCCGUUGGCUGGUCCUGAGGAGUUCCCGGAGGACGAGAUGGAAAGACUGCCCCUGGACCUGCAGUACCUGCCCCCGGAGAAGCAGCGGGAGACAGACCCGGACAUCCGGAAGAUGUUGCUGGAGGCCCUCCUGCUGCUCACAGCCACCAAGGCAGGGCGGCAGCUGGUGCGAGAGAAGGGCACUUACGUCAUCCUGCGGGAGCUGCACCAGUGGGAAGAGGACCCAGGAGUCCUGGCUGCCUGUGAGAAGCUGAUCCAGGUCCUGAUUGGGGACGAGCCAGCCGCCGGGAUGGAGAACCUGCUGGAGGUGGAGAUCCCUGCAGAGGUGGAGGCACAGCUGCAGCGCCUGGACCAGGAGGAGGAGCAGCAGCAGCAGCAGCGCCUGGAGGGGGCCCCUGCGCCUGGCUCCGGAGGGCUGCGGAGGUGAUGGGCGGAGCCUCCGAGGGCUGGCUGGGGGAGACGGCAAGGCCUUCCCCUGCGGAGGGCAGCAGCAGUGCAACCAAGCCCUCCAGCCCUCGAUUCUGGGGGGAACAGGAGAAGGGCGGAAGAACUGAAGCGAAGGCCAGCUCCUGGCGGAAGGUCAAGGCGCUCCUGUCCUGCUUGCCUGCCCCUGGGGCUUCCCAGGCUUGAGUCGGCAGAGGUGGUUGGACUCCAACUCCCCCUUGUUGUCCCCAGGGAGUCCCUGCCUGAGGGCAAGAGCCAACGCGCUCAGGAGGUGCCUGGGCUGUGCAGGCUGCUUUCUAGGGGCGGGGUUGUUUGGAGAGAAGUGGGCAGGGGACGGACCUGAGCUGCGAGAGCAGUGCAAGUGCCGCCUUGGGCGCGCCCUCCAGGACAGGAGGAAGGCCACGGCGCCCACCUGGAUUCCAGCUCGUGGCGGCAGCAGCAGCAGCAAGGCCUUCUGGAGGCCCAUGAGAUGCUGCAGGGCCCGCUGCCCCCUUGGAAAGGGGCUGGUGGGGAACCAGAAGUCAGAAACGGCAGAACCCUCCUUCUGCAGUCCUUGGGAAAGGCGGAAGUUUCAGAAGGGUUGUAGGUUUGGAAAGGGGCAUAAAAACUGGGCCCUUUGAAUUGCCAGCAGGGCAAAACAAAAGCCAGUUAGAUGCUUGAUCGGAAAGGAAUGUCCGUGCGCACACACACACAGAGAUUGCCACCCGUGGGCGCUGAGAAGAAAUUCUCUGGGUGAGGCUCAAUGGGUGGCUUUUGCUUUAGACUCUGCCACUGCAUUGGAGGUGGGAAGGAAUCCCGGAUGGUUUAUGACCGUGUGUGCCUCUGCAAGCCCUUCCUCUGUAUGAUGGAGCUCUGCUGGUUUGCUGGAGCCAUCUACGUUGUUCCCCUUAACUGCUCCUGGAGCUGUGGGGCUGGGCCUGUGAUUCUGGGUACGCCAUGUUGCUUCUUGCUUAAAAUUGUAGCUCCUCUUUACAGGGUUUCCCAUUUCAGUCAGUCGGGCUGCAUUGCAUGCACUUGGAAGGCCACAAGGGCCUCCAGCCUGUGGCUCACUUGACUGCCUUGGGCAUCCCUUCCCCCCAUCCGGGCAUCCCUGCUGAAUGAGCAAAGAGGCACCUUUCAAGGGGCUCGCCUUGCUGCUAUCCCUGUUCAGGCCAGGAGAGCACAUUUUCCAGGGGCUCUUACUGGUAUCUCUCAUGUUUGAAAAAACAAAAACAUUGUCUUUUGGGCCAGUGAACACGUUUAAAAAAAACACCCUCUGCCAUGUAAACUAUUUUGCAAACUUUCUGUUGAAGAGUGGUGUAUAAAUAAUCUAAAUGAUGAGCGAAACCAUGUGCAGGUUGAGAGGCUUCAAGCAGCGGCUCCUAAGCAACCUUUUCCAGCGCCACUUGGCCCAGCUGGGUGAGUGUAUAAAUCAUGUCGAAAUUAAGAUGUGAAUCCAAGUGAUUGUAAUAAGCAGGAGGGAGACCUGAAGUCUAAUAAAGAAGUAAAGGCUGCAAGGGA